CAUACCCUUGUAUGUAUUAUAUAUAAGCAGUAAGCCUAUACUAUACGGCUCUUUAUUCAUUGAUCCAGGAUUGGCUUCAAGCUAGCUACAUAGUAAUUAAAGAUGACGAUAAAACGCCAGACAUGCAAUAUUUUUGUUUGUCUUAUGGUCGUGGUUAUUGACAUCACUGCCGGAAUACUCGGUAUUGAAGCUGAGGUAGCUCAGAGUAAGGUAAGCCUGUUAAAGGUGUGGAUAUUUGAAUGUAGAUAUCCAAGCUAUGAAGCUUUUAAGCUCGGCUUGGCUGCAACCGCACUUCUGGUUCUGGCACACGCCAUCUCAAACUUGCUGGGCGGCUGCGGCUUUUGCAUCCGUUCAAAGGAAGAGCUCCACAAAUCCUCUUCUAACAAGCAGCUUGCUUUUGCUUCCCUUAUCAUUCAAUGGUUAUAUGGUAAAUUAGGCCUUUACGAGAAGCUAGAUCCCUACAAAAGUUAAAAAGGCUUUCAGAAUGAGAGGAGGAAGAAAGCACUGGGCCAAGAUAGCAUAUCAAUCGAGACCUGAAGAAGUUUAGGAGAAAGAGGCAUAUAGUGAAUAACAUGUAUUUUCAAGAAGAUAUGUUGUGAUGCACGCAUGAUGUUUGUCGACGAUAUUGUAUUGCUUGAUGAGACACAAUCGGGUGUUAAAACAAAGUCAAAAGUAUGACAAGAAACAUUAGAGAUCAAGAUAUUUAGACCGAGCCAAAGCAAGAUCGAGAAUAGGAAGUGCAAGUUUGGUGGAGGUAGAAGUAGUAGUGAAAGUGGGAUUACCCUUGAUGGCAAAGAGAUACCGGAGUGUGGUAUGUUCCUACUUGGGCUCCAUAAUUCAGUAGGAUGAUGAAUUAGAUGAAGAUGUAUCCCGUAGAAUUAGAGCAUAAUGGGUGAAAUGGAAGAGUGCCUCAGGAUGUAAAUGUGGUCAAGCUAUGCCAACUAGACUGAAGAGUAAAUUUUAUCGAAUAGUUAUUAGACCUGUAUUAAUGUAUGGCAUAGAGUGCUGGACAAUGAAGCAACACGUCACGUACAUUCAGAAGAUAACUGCGUCGGAGAUGCGUAAACUUUGGUCCUAUUUUUAUAAAUAAAAUGUGUUUGAGUAGUAUAUAUUUUAAUAAAUCUCAAAUAAUAGUAGUCUUAUCUUAUAUUUCCUCCGUUCUUUAAUUCUUGCAACAUUGUGAUUUUUACACUAUUCACAGAUCUUACUUUGAUCACGAUUUUCUACUAAUAUACAUAAUCAAAUCAUUGCGUAUAAAAUGUUAUUGAAUUCCUAUCAAUGUGAAUUUCCAAAAUAUCAACUUUUUAUAAAGUUUACUAAUACAUAAUUAAACAUAAUUACAGUCAAAGUUGUGCGUUGACAAACGUAAAAGUCAAAUUAUUACAAGAAUUAAAGAACGGAGGAUCGUAUUUCUAUGAUGCUAGUGACUAAUGAUUAUUCGAUUAAACCUUUAGAGAAUUUGAGUCUUACAAAUCCACACCCAUCAGAUACGAUUGUUUUUGUUUAAACUUACAUUUGGGCCAAAAUUUAAUUUAUAAUUGAGUAUGUGGCGUAAGUUGAAAUUUGUGAAAAUAUGCCGUAUAAAACAAACUUUACAUCUCUUUCCAACCCUAAAAGCAGCACUCUGAACUUGAAGAGCGGCGGCGCCUUCGAGUCAUCAACCGGCCUCUCUUCAGUGUGUUUUAUGUUUGCUGUCGGGGCACAGUUGGUCUUGAUUGUACACCGCCGUUGCCUAUUCUUCGUCUGACCCAUUCAUUGUUGAUUCUACACCGCCGUUGUCUAUCCUUCUUCCGAGUGUUUAAAAUGACUUCGUCUUCCUCGAAUUAACUCCGGGAGGUCUAUGACACCAAGUGUUCACAUAUUUGAUAAGAUUUGGGAGGAUGCUACACAUUUGGUCUACGGCACCAACUGGGAGGAGGGAUCAGCUUCAACAACAUUAGCUAAAACUUAGUUUGUGAUCUAAAUGUAAUGAUAUUAGCUACGAAGUAUAUUGUAAUACGUAUUUGUAUAGUGUAUUAUCUUGAUUAUUGAACUUGAUUCUGUCUACUGUCUGGUAGAAUCAUUGAAUUGUAUUGAGUUGGGUUUAUGACAAUCACAGUAUUCCAUUAUCCAUUGAUUUGAUUUGCUGCUGUA